AUGGUGGAUUUCUUGGGGCCCGUUCGUUGGCACAUUCAUUGCGAGGAUCUCCAAAGGCAGGACCCUUCGAGUUUUCAUCAUGCCACGGUCAUUGUGCCCACCCUCUACAGCAUAGUCUGGUUCUGCGUGUGGGGCACCGAGGGUAUUCGCAUGCAGCGCAUGGCAGACUCAGCGGGCCUGUGCUCUCAAGCUCACGGUGGGGGAUCGUCCUGGUCUGAUCAGUACAAUCUGACGGAUAAGCAGAAUCUGAGCAUGGGCUGGACCCCCGGGUGCGUGCUGGACGAUGCUUACCACGGCGGAUACGGCAGGUGCAAGAGGGCGAAGUUCACCAGGUACGUGGAUCCUUCCUAA